GUGUGUGUCUGUGUGUGUGCAAGUGUGUGUGUCUAUGUGUGUGUGCUUGUGUGUGAGAGCCAGUAUGCCAUGUCGUCCCCCGGCUCGUCGUUUGUCCAGAUAAAGCACGAGGAUCUGCUUUACUAUGAGAACUGUGGAGGAGGCAGUUUUGGCAGCGUCUACAGGGCCCUCUGGAUAUCCCAAGACAAGGAAGUGGCAGUGAAGAAGCUUCUGAAGAUCGACAAAGAGGCUGAGAUUCUCAGUGUCCUGAGUCAUAAGAACAUCAUUCAGUUUUAUGGAGCCGUGCUGGAAUCUCCCAACUAUGGCAUCGUCACAGAAUAUGCCAGUGGUGGGUCUCUUUUUGAGUACCUAUCCAGUGAGCAGAGUGAGGAGAUGGACAUGGAGCAGAUCAUGAUGUGGGCUAUACAGAUGGCUAAAGGAAUGCACUACCUCCACGCAGAGGCUCCCAUCAAAGUCAUCCACAGAGACCUCAAGUCACGGAAUGUGGUCAUGACAGCAGACAAAGUGCUUAAGAUUUGUGACUUUGGUGCAUCCAAGUUCUUAUCCCACACCACUCACAUGACCGUGGUGGGCACUUUUCCCUGGAUGGCUCCGGAGGUCAUUCAGAGCCUGCCUGUCUCCGAGACCUGCGACACGUACUCAUAUGGCGUGGUGCUGUGGGAGAUGCUGACUCGUGAAGUACCUUUCAAGGGCUUUGAAGGGCUGCAGGUUGCAUGGCUGGUGGUGGAGAAACAAGAGAGGCUUACCAUCCCCACCAGUUGCCCAGCAAGUUUCGCAGAGCUGAUGAGGAAGUGCUGGCAAGCCGAGCCUAAGGAGCGUCCGCAGUUCAAACAGGUGCUGGUAACCUUGGAGACAAUGGCGAAUGAUAGCAGGCUUCCUGACCAGUGCAACUCCUUUCUGCAUAACAAGGACCAGUGGAGGUGUGAAAUUGAGUCGACACUAGAGCGCCUUCGGAAGCUGGAGAGGGAGCUCUACUCCAAGGAGAAGGAGCUGGAGGAGCGGGAGAGGCGGCUUAGGCUGUGGGAAGAGAGGCUGAUGGAAAGGUCCAACAUGACUCCGAGCCCCACCUCCUUACUCAUGGAUCGAUCCAACAUGUCGCCAUUCUUCACGCCAAUGUCCAUCGGUUCCACCGGUUCCUUCUUCCGCUCGCACUCUCAAGACUCCAGCAGUGCGGGGCUCAGCAGUGCGGGGCUCAGCAGUGCGGGAGUCAGCAGUGCGGGCGUCAGCUGCCUCCUCCGCACUCUCAGCAACGGCGACAGCGAAAGGGGGGGCAGCGGUGCGGUGGGCUCUCUGGACAGCGGGCGCUUGCACGUCAUGCUACGAGGCUUGCAGGAAGAGGAGGGCACCCUGGAGGAGAAGGGCUGGGGCCAGAGGGAUGAAGGCGGGAGCUUGGAGGGAGGAAGGGUGCAGGUGACGCUCAGGAGCUUCCCGGGGGGGAGGCUGGAGCGCGAGGAGAGGACGUGGGAGGAGGGGGACGUGGAGAGAGGCGGGAUGCAGAGGAGCAGGGUGACCACUAUCGUCCGAGGCUACUCGGGCGGCUUCGGAGAGGCGGAGGGGGAACAGGAUGGAGGGUGGGAGGCAGAAAAAGUGGACGAGGGAGGGCUUGAAGGAGGGAGGCUUCCCGACAUGCUAAAAGGUCUCAGUGGCAGUUUAGGGGGCUUGGGGGACAUGCUGACCUUGGACGGUAUAGGGGAGAUAGACAGGCUAGGCGACAUGGACGUGAACAUGGGGGAUGUGGGGAUGGUGAAGCUCAGGAGCGAGAUGGGGGUCAGGGGUCACUCAGGGGUGCAGGUGAGCAUGCGGGCUUCCUCCAAUCAGAACUCUGUGAAGAGCUGCAGCGUGCGACACGGAUCCAAAAUCAACAUGGCCACCGCCGCCAUGGACAUGAUGGAGCUCGACUGGUCCGACAGCGAUUAGAAGACACGCGGCCAUAACACAAACAAUGUGUGUAUUAAGUUACAAAACACAUCUUUUAUUUGUUCAAAUGUUCCUUCCCUUUUUUGUUUUUAUCAAAGCAAUAAACGAAACCAUUGUGUAUGUACUGUGAAGACAGAAGACACAGAGACGAUUGCUGUCAACGUUAAAGGCUUCACCUGUGUAAUUUACUGUACUGCUACAUAACAUACUGUAUGUCUGUGUGUUUUUUGCUUAGUGUGUAGAUUGGAGUAGAUUUGGAUCAGAUCUAACUGUGAUCUUGUGUGAUUUUUCAUUUUUCAAUAAAAAAAGUGAUACAAAUCUCACCACAA